UGUAUGAAAAGCAAAACUGGAAUUUUGCUCCUGCCCGAUUGCCACCUGAGCUAGUAAGCAAACAAAGAGGUAGGCCAAGUGUUGUAUAAGAGAGUUAAACAGUGAGGCUGGCCGUGGACACGACAUGUCCUGUUCGCCAUGCCAAGUAUUCAACCAAAAGCCACGUUUCAGGUUAUGUCUCAUAACUCCUUCCUUCCUUUUCCUUCCUUCCUUGUCGUAUAAAUACCGCCACCCUUUUCACUUAUGGCUUAUCACACGCACCAAAAGCAAAAACAGAAGAAAAAGAAGAAGAAAAGAGAGAGAGAGAGAGCUCGGAAACACAGACACAAUCCCUACCUCUUUAAAUCCCACAGUUGUGUGUCACUGUCAAUCAACCACAAUGUUGAAGUCAGAGAUGAGCAGCGUUAAGGUUGGGGAAAGAAAGCAAGUGAAGAGGCCUGCACAGGCCAGUUCAAGAAAGGGGUGCAUGAGAGGGAAAGGAGGCCCUGAGAAUGCCAUGUGCACUUACAAAGGUGUGCGGCAGAGGACUUGGGGGAAAUGGGUGGCUGAAAUCCGUGAGCCCAACCGAGGUGCUCGUCUCUGGCUUGGCACUUUUGACACCUCCCAUGAAGCUGCUUCGGCUUAUGAUGCUGCUGCUCGCAAACUCUACGGUUCCCAGGCCAAGCUCAAUUUGCCUGAUCAAUAUCACCAUCAAGUCCCUUCCUCUGCCAACACCCACAUGCUUUCACAGACGCCAAACCCAUCAGCCCAACUAACCCUUCUGCAUCAGAAUCCAUCAGGUACUUCCAGUGCCUGUUUAUCAAACGAUUAUGCUGCUCCUCUCAACGAUGUUGCAGUUCCAGUACUUCGCGAUCAUUUUCCGAAUGUGAAAGCUCAUCAGCCCCAUGGUACUUACCCUGAGCCUAAGCCAGAGGCAGAGCACAGCAAGAUGAAAGUGGAGGAGAAUAUGAGUGGCAAUGAAGGAAUGGAUUCUGGAAUUUUCUGGGGCAACGUAAGCGGAAACUUUCCGAUGUUCGAUGACUCGAUAUGGGUGGAGGCAGCCAUGUCCCUUGAUUUUCCGGUGAUAGAAGAUCAUGGCAUUUUUUCCAGCAACUUCGUCGAUGGAAGUGGUUGGGAACCAUUGCAGCCAUCUCCAUGGUGCGUGUAAAUGUGAAGCUACAGAGCUAAAGAGGGUGUCCUAGGAAAUGAAGUUGCACAAAUUAGAACCUCAGUACUUGUAUAAAUGAUCACUCGAGCUUGCGCCUUGCAUGCCCUAUUGUCCUUGUGUAUGAUAUGAUUAUGAACAAAUACAAAUAUACAAGUAUAGAGCGGUGGUUGUCCUCUCCUCUUGAAGCUUUGAGUUUGAACUUGUCCGUAUCACAGCUGAGCUGAGACACAAGUCACAUUAAUUCAUCUCUAUCUCUGUUUCAAGUCGGGGCCUGCUUUGAAACAAGGCAUCAAUCACCAAAGACUCAAAACGUUUCUGCAUUUAUUGCAAUUGGGGAGUUGAUGGAUGAGCCGUAAU